AUGUCAAAUAAUAAUUAUAAUCAACAUGCAAAUGCUUCUAAUGCUCAUGAUACGAGAACUCAUACUCAUGAGCAAAAAUCGGGAGAACAAAUAAAACAUGAUGCUCAGCAAAAAGGAGCUGAAUUGAAACAUCAGGCAGAACAAAAAGGAACUGAAUUGAAACAUCAAGCAGAACAAAAAGGAGCUGAAUGGAAACAUCAAGCAGAACAAAAAGGUGCUGAAAUGAAAGAGAAGGCUGGUGAAGCUGCCGAUGCAGCUAAAGAUAAGUUGAAUGAAGUAAAAGAUGCUGCUAAUAAAAAAGCUGAUGAAAUAAAACCUAAAGUUGAUGAAACUAUUAAUGAUACUAAACAAGCAGGUGCUCAAGUAGCUGAUGAUGUUUCAAAAAAAGCUGGUGAAGUUAAAGAUGCUGCACAAAAAAAAGUUGAUGAGAUAAAACCAAAAGUGAAUGAAAAAAUAGAACAAACAAAAGAAGCUGGUGCUCAAUUAGCUGAUGAUGCAUCAAAGAAAGCUGAUGAAGUUAAAGAUAAUGUUGAAAGUACGACAAAUAUUAUCAUUGGAACAGCUAUUCAUGCUAAAGAUGUUACAGUUGAAAAAGUACAAGAACUUUCACAUACUGUUGUUGAAACUGUACAAAAUAUUCCAGAAGCUGCUGCUAAUGCAGCUAGUUUUGUUGGUGAAAAACUUAGUGUUGCUGGACAAUGGGCUGCUGAAAAAGCUUCUGAAGUCGGUUCAGCUACUAUGCACUCAGCACAAGAAGCUAUUCAUAGUCUUACCGGAUUAGCGAACGAUGCUACGGCAAAGGCCGGAGAAGCAGCCGAUAAAGCUAAAGAAAAAGGAGCUGAAUUGAAAGAACAAGCAUCAGAGAAAGUUGAUCAAGCAAAAGAUAAAGCUAAUGAAGUAGCAUCUGAUGCUAAAAAGAAAGGAGAAGAAGUCAAACAGGAUGCUCAACAAAAAGCUGGUGAAUUAAAAGAUCAAGCUUCACAUAAUAUUGAUCAAGCAAAAGAUAAAGCUAAUGAAUUAGCAUCGAAUACAAAAAAGAAAGCUGAAGAAGUCAAACAUGAUGCUCAACAAAAAGCUGAUGAAUUUCAAACUAAAGGUGAUGUACAUAUAUCAACAACAGGUACUGCUCAUAAUGUAUCAGCAUCACAUGAUUCUAAUGCACCUCAUGGACAUACAAUACCAACUAAAAUUGAAGUUAAAACAUCAGAUCCACAAAAGCCUUCAAUUAUAUAA